AUGCCGCUACUAAUCCCCGCUCUGCUCGCGCUACGCUCCUCCAAGCUACCGCCAAUACUAAUCCACAGCGCCACCUGCCGCCCAUCCGCAUCCAUAACCACUAAUGACAGUGCUAGUAACUCUUGUAGUCAUAGUUAUAAGUUAGCCACCAUUCCGGAACUGGAACUGGAGCUGGAGCACGAGCAGACACAAACAGAGACGUGCCUAAAGCUUUCGCCCAAUUUCAAUCGGAUCUAUGCCAGCAAAAUAGACAUUGUAAUGGAUAGGCCCGAGGUGGCGCCCCCUAUCACCCAGUUUGAUUCGUUAAGUUCGGAGUUGGAGGAAACAUCGUCCAAUCCGGACUCGGGUAACGCCAGUCUAGCUGAUUUUCCGCUUGCAGCCCAUGCGAAUGCCUCGCUUGAGCUGCAAACCAGCUACAAUAGUCGCUUUGAGGUUAGGGAGCACUACGUAUCCGAGGUUUCGAUAAGUACAGACGAUGACAGCGAUACCAUGUGCGAUGGGGCUAAGCAGGAGGCUGAAGAGUUUCCACGUUUGCCCACAGAGGAGGAGCUGCUCGAGAGCUUGCGUGAGGAGGCGGCACUUAACGAAACCGAGAAUAGAUCGAAGAUUGCAAGUGAACUUAAUGCUGAGCAAAAACUUGACGAAACGCCCGCGUUAAGCCAGGCAGUUUAUGACCUAACGAAUGAAUCUCUUAUAAAAGAACUUAACGACAGUAGUUUCGAUGAAAAUGAUUUAGUGUCAAUUGCUCUGGACGAGCUGCAAGAGGCGGCUCUUAACGAAGCCGAGAAUAGAUCGAAGAUUGCAAGUGAACUUAAUGCUGAACAAAAACUUGACGAAACGCCCGCGUUAAGCCAGGCAGUUUAUGACCUAACGAGUGAAUCUCUUAUAAAAGAAGUUAACGACAGUAGUUGCGAUGAAAACGAACUUGACGAAAAUGAUUUAGUGUCAAUUGCUCUGGACGAAGCUUUGCUCGAAGAAAUCAAAAUUGACGAGAGAGCAUUUAAUGAACUUGCCGAAUGUGAACUAGUUCAGCGCAAAAAGAGCAUCGUUUACGAGACUCCGCAAAUAAACCUGAGCAUUUCCGAGGUGAGACUCAAUUACGAUACCAAAGCAGAGCAAGAGGAGAGUGAAACAACAGUUGUCAAGAAAGAGAGAGAGGAAGAGGGAGAGGGCGAUGAUAUGCCAAUUAAGGAUACUAUAACACGUAAUGAGCGGCACAGCAGCAGCAGAGGCAGCGGCAGCGACAGCGACGUCGACGGCGAAGCCAAUGAAAUUGAGACGCGCCGUCGCCAAGGACUUCCGGCGUUGACAGACGAACGGCCAACGACCAGCUCGAAAGCGCUCUCCGUUUUUGGCGAGGUCCGCGAUGUGCGACCAGCUGCGGCAGCAGGCGCGGGGGCGGGGGCGGGGCUCGGCGGCGUGACGCGAGGCGGUUUGACGACACUCGAGCACGUAUUUGUUGCCUGCACCGUGGGCCUGAUUACGCCCAAUGAUUUGCUCACAUUGUGCCUGAUCGUAAUUGGUGUGAUUAUCAUUGUGGCAAUUGCGCUCACCUGAGCACACACACACACACACACAUUAGUUGUUAUUGCACAACUUGUUGUGUUUGUAGUUGUUUGUUGUUCUUGUUAUUGUUGUUCAACAGAAAACACAAAUUAUUUAUUCAUUUUUUUCUGCCGCGGCAAAUGAAUCAUUUUAUUAAUGUAUAUCGAAACGUUAGAUUAUUUUUUUAUAUAUAGCCCAAAAGUAUUCUUAUUUAUAUAUAUUAUAAUUUAGUUGUAUAUUUAUGGCUUAAGAACCACUGUGCAAAUGCAUUUCAUCCACAUCCGAAAACUAACUAAAAACUAAUUUUCGUUCGAUUUACCUAAUGCAUAUUUUUUUAAUUGUUAAUUUGACUGCAACUUGUGCCAAUGAUUUUUUAAAUGUCUGCUUUAUUAUGUUCUAUUUUAUAAUUAAUAUAUAAAUAUUUUCUAAGCACACGAUCAAAAAAGAAAUCGACGAACAAAAAACAAAUUUUAUAU